CUUUCGGGGCGACUCCAGCCCCGGCGCGCAGCAGCUCCGCGGGGCCGCCGGUGGGGCCGAGCCGCGGGCUCCCACCAGGGCAAGAGGCCCCUCUUUGAGGUGUAGCCCAUCCCCUGCCACCCUCCCCGGGGGGUGCCCGCAGCCCCCAGCCCUCGGUGGCCCCACUGUCGGCGUGACGUCCUUCCCCCACGGGCUCUCGAAACCGCAGCCGCCCUUCCGCGCUCCCUCCCUUCCCCGCCCGGCGGGAGGUGCAGGCGGAGGGUGGCCCACGACGCCCCGCGGGUGCUGGUGCCAGGGCCGCCCUCGCCCCCCGUGCCAGGCCCUCGCCGGUGGAUCCUGCAGUCGGGAUCCCGCCGCGUCCAUCAGCACAGGUCCCAUGGCGCUGUGCCGGGCCGUGCUGCUGCUGCUGCUGAUCCCCCUGCAGGCGUGUGGGGCUGAGCUGCCGGGGCUGCCCCAGGGAGGGCAGUGGGUCUGGGGGACAGCCAAGCCCCUGCCCCUCUCCCGUGGGAAGAGAGAUGACAGUGGGCAGGAGCCCAGUGCCACCACGGUGAUCAGCAGUGACAAGAGCGACGGUGGCUCUGUGCCACCACCAGCACCCGGCAGCAAGGCCAGCCUGCUCCGGGUGCCAACCACAGCCGAUCCCAUGGAUGAUUCCCCCGAGCCUGAGCUGCUCCUGAGCCCUGCAGCACCAGUGCCCAGCACCAACACCAGCCUGCCCCAGGUGCUUGCAGUGUCCACCAUGGCCGAGCCUGAUGAGACAGAUUCCCCUUCUCCCAACUUACUGGAGGACUCUGUGUCACCAGCAGCGCCCAGCGCCAGCACCGCCCUGCUCCGGGUGCCUCUAGUGCCCACCACAGCUGAUCCCAUGGAUGAGACAGAUCCCCCUGAUCCCGACCUGCUCCUGAGCUCUGCCCCACCACCAGCACCCAGCACCAAGGCACUCAUGCCAACCACGGCUGAGUCCAUGGAUGAGACUGAUUCCCCUGAUCCCGAUCUGCUGCCGGCCUCGGAGCCUGGCCCACCGUCAGCACCCCAAAAGAGCAUCGCCACCACCACCCCCAGCUGGCUCACGUCACCCAUCGAGGAGAGGACAGCCACGGAUGGCCUGAACAGCAGCUCCUCCUCGGGGCUGCGCUCAACAGCCCCCCCAGCCUUUGUCCUCACCACCAUGGGCCACAGGAAACCCGAGAAAUCCGGAGCUCCGCCUGCACCGACCCUCCCGGCCCCUUGGGACACGACGCCGGCGGGCACCACGGUGCCCUGGGAGCCCAGCGGGGUGAUGAGCAAGUGCCUGCUGGCCAUCCUGCUGCUGGGGCUGGUGGCCGCCACCUUCCUGGUGUGCACGGGGGUGCUGGGGGCACUGCUGUGGCGGCGGGCGCGGACGGGGCAGCGCCAGCUGAGCCGCACCGAGAUGGUUUGCAUCUCCUCGCUCCUGCCCGACGCCGAGGCGGCCGCCGGCCCCCGGCCUGUCCCGGCCCGGCGGCACAAGCUGCUGGUGCCCGACGGCAGCCCCGAGCCCGAUGGAGACAACCUGACUCUCAGCAGCUUCCUGCCGGAGCACUCCUGAGCCCCAGGGAUGGCUCCUGCAUCCCGCAGCGCUGCUCCCGGUGGAGCCGCGGGCGUUCCCCGGUGUUUUAGCUUGGACCAGUGUGACGGAGCUUGUCUCCCGCGGCCAGGUCAGGCCCAUCCCAUUAAAGCGUUACCCGGACA